ACUGAUGAUGCGUUAAGUUUGACCUCGGUUCUAGACAGAGGCGUGCACAAAGCGGGUACUCUAGCCUCGAAGCCGCACAGUGCGACCUGUAAUAGAAGAAAGAGAGUGUGAGAUGUGGGAAGCCUAGCAUGGCCUCAUUGGAAUUACAACGUCAGAGGAGGACCCUUCUUCCACCCCCAAGCAACCAUUUUCCUCUCAUCAUCAGUCAUCCCUCAUCGCUUCAUCCUCGCAAUAAUGUUUCGAUUUCGAAUUCGUCGCCCUGCAAAGCAAACUCUCAAGCCACAGAGCUGUCGUCCCGCCGCCCGUCCGCUGCGGGCAGGGCGCAGCAGGCAGAGGGCUGCUUUAUGGUCAGACUUCGGACUCUCCGAGAUUCAACAUGCUGCGACGUGGGGCUAAUUCGAAUACACAUCCAAAUCUGCAAAGUGCAAUCGACUGUGUUCAUGCUUUCUUCGCAUAGUUUUGCUCGGAUGGCGAUACCUUGUCGUUUCGGCUCCCUAUCGAGUUCAAUGUUCAAGACUACAAGCGCAUUGAGUACAGGGCAAAACCAAAGCCGCUUGUCGAUAAACAAAGUGCGGAGAGUCACACCUGGGGAAGCUGAGGCGCCCUUCCGAAAACGCUGUCACGGAUGGGUGAAUAACGGGGUGCAAACAGUGAUCGCUGAAGGUUCGCUCGAUGGAAUGCAUGGCCUAAUUACAGUUGUCAGCUGCCUUCUCAAAACGCACUUAGCGCUGAAAGAAGCUCAUGUGAGGACUUUUGCCCCACUCAUUCGCGCCUGGCCUCCCAAGGACUCUGCGCGCUCAUGACGUCCUACUGCGCAGCCACAUGUUGGAGAACAUUUCGUAUCGCAGCGUUCCUUUUGCGAGGAUCGAGUUGUAUAUCGCAAGUUCGGCCGGGAUGAGUCGGCCAGGUGUUUGAUCCUUGCCCCUUGGUAGGGAGGGCGCCCAGAUGGC